AUGCCACCGGCUACUGUUAUGGAAGACCCCAUUAACCACUCGCAGGCCAGCUCAAAAACCGAGAGGCUAGGAGCUCCUCCAUGUGUCCAGCCGAAUUUGACCUCAUCGUGGAGGCAAGACGUGCACUUUCUGAGUGACAAAGAUGGCAAAGUCGAGCUCCGCUGCCCUCCAAAAUUCAAUAACAUCAGCGACACCCGCACACACCUAAAGCAACACCUUGCUGCUGCAUUCAGGGUCUUCGCCAGACAGAGCUUUGACGAGGGUGUUGCAGGUCACAUUUCUGUACGCGAUCCGGGCAACCCAUCCCUCUUCUGGAUCAACCCCCUGUCAACGCACUUCUCCCAGAUCCGCGUCCGUGAUCUUGUCCUCGUCGGCGAGGCCGGCGAGGUCCUCUCAGACGGCGCGCAGAGCCCCAUCAAUGGUCCAGCAUUCGCCAUCCACAGCGCCAUCCACCGCGCCCGACCGGACCUCAACGCCGCGUGCCACGCACACAGUGUGUAUGGCAAGGCCUUCAGCUGCUUUGGCCGGCCGAUCGAGAUGCUGUACCAAGACGCGCUUCGCUUCUAG